AGUUUUGGAAGACGACUGAUAAUGAGAUAUUACUUUUUUUUGUUGCUUUCCUCAACUAUAUUCUGCUCGACUGAUGUUGAUGUUGUUCAGGAAGAUAAUGUAAAAAUAGUUAACGCUGACUGGGAUGUGAACUUUACCUGCACAUUCCCAUGGUUAGUACAAUCAACAAAAGCAUGGUUUAAACAGGCGAAUAAUGGAAAAUCCCUACAAAUUGUGUCUUUAUAUGAAAGUCAAAAGCCAAGCUGGAACCACAACUUUGAGAAAACAAAUCGUUUUAAUGUUAACAAAGGAGAUUUUUAUUUUAAUUUGACAAUUGUAAAGACAAAGCCGUCAGACUCUGCAACAUAUUACUGUGUAGUUUCAUCAUAUCAGGCCACUGGAAUGGGUUCAGGAACUCGUUUACUUGUCAGAGACGAAGCCGCAGACAGAAACACAACUCUUCAUCAGUCUUUAAUAGACGCUGUUGAUCCAGGAGAUUCAGUCAAUUUGCAGUGCAGCAUCUUCACUGAGAGCUGUGCAGGAGAUCACAGCGUCUACUGGUUCAAGCAAAGCUCAGGAGACUCUGAAGGAGUGCUUUACACCAAAGGAGAGAGAAAUGGCCGCUGUAAGAACAGCACUGAGUCUCAAACACAGAGUUGUGUCUACAGUCUCCACAAGAACAACAUCAGUCGCUCUGAUACUGGCAUUUACUACUGUGCUGUGGCCACAUGUGGAGAAAUAAUGCUUGGAAGAGGAACUCAACUGAAUAUUAAAGAAAGAUGUGAUUUUAAUUCUGCUCUUCUUGCUUCUGGAAUUACAAAUAUAAUAUUUUUGGCCCUUGUUGUUCUUCUGGGAAUCAAACUCGGUAGAAGUCAGAUUAAAACGUCCGCUGCUCAAACGACUCAAGAUGAAGACCACCUGAAUUAUGCAGCCAUUACUUUUAGUAACACUAAAAGAGCCAGAGCAAAAGUCACACAAGAUCAGUCUCUGUACGCACAGGUCAGAUCACACCAGUAA